AUGUCAAGUGACAUGCGACUAUUUGAUGACCGCGGUCAAACACCAAUUGUCAUUGAAGCCGUCAGGCAGGGUUGCCAUUCCAGGGUACCCACUGGAAGCGAAUUUAUCAUCGACGCCAAUAGAAUCUUCAACGAAACUUUGCUUCCACCAAGUACUGAAUCAAUCGCGCCGCCAGGAACAGAAACCGGAAAGAAAAAACCACUCGUCCUUAUCAUUGUCCUCCCAAUUGUCGGCUUCUUAUUACUCUGCCUCGUAUCCUGCUUCUGCUGUUUCUUCUUCGUUCGACGUCGACGCCGGAAGGCUCAACGGCUUAGCCAGGCCGGGCAUCUACACGACAGGUGGAACGACACUUCUAUGAUGACACCUGUUCCUGGUGGGCUCAGACACACCUGGGGGGAAACGCCGCAAUUCCACCCCACUCAAACUUAUGGCUACGAUCCGUCAGAUCACCAGGGAUACUAUGCCCAGCAGGAUGUCAAGUAUCCGACUGAGACAUACCAGUUGGGCCCGGUUACCUCUGAGCCCGAUGACACGAAGAAGGCAGAAUUUGUAGCGCAGAGCGUUCCUAAGCUUUCAGCACCUCCUCCUGGUCGCAAAUCACUUUCCAUCACCCAAUAA